AAAAAUGCGAAAUAAGCUACAUAAAUGAAAGAAUUUUCUUUAAAAAAAAUUAGUAUCUUGAGCAAUUUUUUAAAAGUUCUUGAUCCCAGUUAACAUCAAGAAAGUUGCUUACAAGUUGGAAACAUUUAUUUGAAGCGGAGUCGACCUUGGUGCUAAAGGUCAACUAUGUUCCAAGGUUAGAAGUUUUCAACAGAGAAUCUCUUAUGAUGAGAAAAUGUGUAGAGGAUAAGUUCAAUUUAUUUAUUUCUGAAUGUUGACUUGUGUUUAUAACUUACGCAUUUACUGUCCAGUCAUAACUCGUAGUCUCUCUCACAAGGUGAACUUUGAAAGGAAUGGUUAUACAGUGAAAUUUAAUAUAAGUGAUGAGUAGAUGAGUAAAGAUUAUGAUUUUUAGGUUAUCAUUAUAAUGCCUCUACAGCAGCUUAAAUUUUCUUAUUGAAAACAAAAUCGUUUCCACAUACUUUCUGCGAUAUAUUUUUAAAUAUAAUACAGUUUUUGUAUCGCAAAUCGAACAAUGGAGGACAGAAAGCCUAACAGUUGGCUAGAAAAAUCGCCAAGCGUGUCACCUUCGAGCACAGAAGCUGAGAAGGAAGAUCACUCUAUGGAACACUUGGAUAAUGACGUUAAAGAAUCGGAUAUUCUGCACCCCCACAUCAAAACUGCAUCACCUGAGAGUACGUCAUAUUCUCCAGGUUACAGGCCCCCGGAUUAUUCGAACGAAACCCCGCAUAUAGUGUCCGGACACGAUAAUUACAGUGCUCAUCUUCGAUCACCCAACGUGCAACUUGCUACAAGUUACAUGUCACCGUCUCCAACUAAUAGAGAUGUGUUUCCAUUGGAUACACAACCGGUGGCUAUACCCACUUAUCAUCACCUCCAAGUACCUUCUACUGAAUUUAUCUCGACAACAACGUCCGCAGCAGGGAAGAUGUUUCAAUAUUUAGGUAACAGUAGCAAUAAUCAGGAGCUAAAUCCAACAUCAUCACACAUACAGAAUGUGUGGAACCCGGCAGCGGAGGAUUAUUGUCCAAAACCUCUACCAUCCAUAGGUCAGAGGAUACACGCAUUUUCUAGUCAUCAGCAGGUUCUAACCUCUUCUAACCAGGUUCUACAGAGAACAAACGGUAUAGGCCACUAUUCUCCGUACUUGAACCCGGAACCUUGGUCGUCUUACGAUGCCGCCAACUCGACCGUGCAUUCAAAUCCCACUGUACACUACGGCGUGCAGGGGGUCUCUUCUUCAUACAAUUCACGGACUAUAAUGGAUGACGAUUUGUUUUCGGCACAAGAAGGUCGAGAAUGCGUUAAUUGCGGGGCCGUAUCUACCCCUUUGUGGAGGAGGGAUGGCACAGGUCACUAUCUGUGCAACGCAUGUGGUCUCUACCACAAGAUGAACGGCAUGAACCGUCCUUUGGUCAAGAAUCAAAGAAGAUUGUCUGCUUCUAGAAGGGUUGGAUUAUCCUGUUCUAAUUGCCAUACCACUACAACCUCAUUGUGGAGAAGGAACAGUCAUGGGGAAUCUGUAUGCAAUGCCUGUGGUCUUUACUUUAAAUUACAUGGGGUGAAUCGUCCCCUCGCUAUGAAGAAAGACAGCAUUCAAACUAGAAAGCGAAAAUCAAAAAAUGGUGUAAAGAGCUCCGAUAACAAUGUUAGUGUUUCAUCUCCUCCUGUUCCUAAAUUAGAGACAUCGGCUUCUUAUGGCUCAUCAGGCAAAGAUGCCACCACCUUGGCACUAAGUACAGGCUCUUUCGCCUUCUACCAGCCGUCACCAACGGCAGUUUGUAGCGGACAGUCGAUCAGCCCAGCACUCAUCACCACAGGGAGCCAAAGAUCACCUCAAGCAGUAACUGCCGACAAUUACUCCCCACUGCCAGUUCCUUACUCCACUAUUUCUGUCAAGUCUCCGAGCCUGUAUCAACCACAAUCCACAUCAAGUCCCUCGUUGCAGUCACUCGAAUCAUCCGUACGACCUCAUACAAUCAUGAGUUCCUGAACAUCCAUUUAAGACCUCAUCAUCUAGUCUGUGUGCUGCCGAGCAGUUGGUCUUUCACUCCAUUCACAACCCAACUUGGUUAGAACCAAGCACCCCAUGCUAUACCGUGUUAUAUAUAUACCAGCAUUUGUUGUAUAUGGAAUCGUUUCGUGAAGGAAAAUACUCAAGUUAUGUAUAACAAAGUGCCAAAAAUGAUGUGUUCGGUACCAUAUAAUGUUCUCCUCAGGGAAUAUAUUAUUUGUUCAAUUAGUUCCCUGUCGGGUGCACAAUUUUUUUUUUUUUUGUAAGUUGUAAUAAUUACGAAUCUUUCUGAUGAAAUUCCGGGAGAUUAUAAAGAUAUAAAUUCUGAAAAUUUGUAUAUAGUUUUUUAUUUUUUUAAUUAGUUUCACUUACAAUACUCUUUAAAAUUAACAUCUAUUGUUAUAUAUUAUAAACCUUAAAAGGUAAACUAGAUACAGUAGAUACAGGCGAAUCUCCAAUAAAGGCCACCUCUAAACUGCGCCCAUUUUUAGGAACGUUUCCUUUUGAAGUGCACACAAAAUAACCUCCAAACAACGGCCAACGGCUCUCAACAUGGCGGCCAUUUUUCAGGAAAUAACCUCUAAAUGACGGCCACCUCUAACCAGUGGCUUUAUUUUCAGGGGCGUUUCUUUUGAAUAACUUCCCAACAAUGGCCAUUUUUUUAUGUUCUUGUAUUUUAUGUUUUCAAAGAAUUAUUAAAAUUUUUUUCCUCUUUUGUAAGGUGUCCUUAAAGUUAUAAGGAGUUUUACCUUAAAAAUAAGGAUUUUCACCUCCUCUCUUUUCUUAAAAACUGCACCAUUUAAUAUACUUUAAAAUGAAUAAAGUUUAAAUAAUUUUGUUAAAGUUUUAUAUUAAAAAGUUUAGUAAACUCAACAACUAAACCUUAGAGCCUUAUCUUAAACCUUACACACUUUAAUUCUUGUAGACCUUACUUUAGUUCGAAUUAUAGAAAUUAAAAUUGGUUUUUUAAGCUUAAAAUAAUUAAAAUUAAAUUUUAUAAUUCGCAAAAUAUUAUUCGAAUUCGUCCAAAACAAGAAAUGAAACCAAAUUUCUAAUUAUAGUUAUUUCUUCCAUCGCCAGAUGUCAGUGUAUUUAAUGAGUGGAGGCCAUACAAGUUAAUGAACCACAAGAAAAAGU